AUGGGCUCCGACGCGGAGACGGAGACAGAGACGGAGAAGGUGGCGGCGAGCGACAGCUUCGUCAAGGACACCUACGGCGAGGUCAGGGCCACCAAGCAGCUGCCCGUCAUGCCGUGGGCCUUCUCCGUCGCAAGGCGAGUCGAGCGGAGCAGCCUGGUGCGGCAGGACCGAGCGUGCCUGGAGUGGCUGGACGCGCAGCCGCGGGAGUCCGUGUUCUACGUGAGCUUCGGCAGCCUGGCCUGCAUGACCCCGCGGGACUUGGCGGAGACGGCGUGGGGCAUCGCCGGCAGCGGCGUGCCGUUCCUCUGGGUAGUCCGGCCGGGCCUCGUCCGCGGGCCGGGGCAGAGCCAACAGCGGCUCCCGGAGAGGUUCGAGGCCGUGACGCGCCGGCGCGGCAUGGUGGUGGCGUGGGCGCCGCUGGAGGAGGUGCUGCGCCACCGCGCCUUCGGCGGGUUCUGGACGCACAACGGCUGGAACUCCACGAUGGAGAGCGUCUGCGAGGGGGUGCCCAUGCUGUGCCGCCCCUACUUCGGCGACCAGCCAGGGAACGCGAGGUACGUGGAGCACGUGUGGCGGGUGGGCUUCGAGGUCGGCGGCGAGCUCGAGAGGGGCAGCGUUGAGGCGGUCAUCCGUCGGCUCAUGACCGGUAGGAACGGCGCCGAGAUGAGGGCCAGGGCCGGCGAGCUGAAGAAGGCGGCGGCGGAGGCGGGUCGUCGUGCCUCGCCAUUGACAAGCUGGUCACGCACAUCAUGUCCCUGGACUCUACUCGACGCGAGGCGGCGAGCUUCAAGUUUUGACAUGAUAAUAAACAGUUGA